UGUUCCUCUACCCUCCUUCCAUUACAGUUUGCAUCACUCUCUCUAGAUUCGUUCUCUUCAGAUUUUUAUCUAAAGGGUUGACGAACUACGACACACUUUUUCGAAUUAUCAGCGUCAAAUCAAAUUCCCUAAUUUCAGGAAAUACUCAGAGAAUCCAAUUGAGGGCUAAUUCAACUUCUUCCCACGCGAUCGGAAACUUGGAUCUUCCCAAAAUCUCAAGAUAUUAGCACUGGACUGCUGAGAAAUUCUGGGUCUCCAAAUAAAGUUGUAGUGUGAACAUGGGUCGUCUCAAGCUACAAUCUGGUAUAAAGGCGAUUGAAGAAGAACCUGAAGAAUCUGAAGUUACCUCAUCUCAUAAAGAUGCUUUAUCAUGUAUGAUUAACUCAGAAAUUGGUGCUGUAUUGGCAAUCAUGAGAAGGAAUGUGAGAUGGGGUGGUCGAUAUAUGUCGGGGGAAGACCAAUUAGAGCAUUCUCUUAUUCAGUCUUUGAAAGCAUUGCGUAAGCAAGUCUUUAUGUGGCAGCAGCAGUGGCAUAAUAUUAAUCCUGUUCUGUACCUCCAGCCAUUUUUGGAUGUAAUUCGGUCUGAUGAAACUGGUGCUCCUAUUACUAGUGUUGCUUUAUCAUCCGUUUACAAGAUCCUAACGCUUGAUGUGCUUGAUUUAAACAUAGCAAAUAUUGAAGAUGCCAUGCAUCUGGUUGUUGAUGCUGUCACCAGUUGUCGGUUUGAGGUUACCGAUCCUUCAUCAGAAGAGGUGGUACUGACAAAGAUUCUUCAGGUUUUGCUGGCUUGUAUGAAAAGUAAAGCAUCUGUUGUAUUGAGUAAUCAGCAUGUUUGCACCAUAGUUAAUACUUGUUUCCGGAUAGUUCAUCAAGCUACGACAAAAGGUGAAUUGUUGCAAAGAAUGGCAGCACACACAAUGCGUGAACUUGUGAGGUGUAUCUUCUCACAUCUUUCUGAAGUUGAGAGUGUAGAGUAUUCUUCGGUCAAUGGAGGUCCAAUGAAACCUGAGAUUGGAGGCCUCGAUAACGAAUAUGCUAACGAGUUUAAUAAUGGAAACCGUAGUUCAGAAUAUGAUGGUCAGUUGCCCAGUACUAAUUUUGGCUCCAAUGUUCCUGUGGGUGUGGGUGGUGGUGUGGUGGAUGAAAAUGGUGCUGGAAAUGGGAAGGAGACCAGGGCAUAUGAUUUGCAUGUGAUGUCAGAGCCAUAUGGUGUACCCUCCAUGUUUGAGAUCUUUCAUUUUCUAUGCUCUUUGCUGAAUGUUGUUGACAAUAUUGGAAUCAGUCCUAGAUCUAAUGGUUUGGCGAUUGACGAGGAUGCGCCUCUUUUUGCUUUGGGUCUCAUAAAUUCAGCUAUCGAGUUAGGUGGAGCUUCUUUCCUCAGGCACCCCACCUUACUGAAUCUAAUACAGGAUGAGCUCUUCCACAAUUUGAUGCUUUUUGGUCUGUUACCAAGUCCUCUGAUUCUCUCUAUGGUAUGUAGUAUAGCUCUGAAUCUAUAUCAUCAUUUGCGGAUGGAGCUUAAACUGCAGCUUGAGGCUUUCUUUUCUUGCGUGAUCUUAAGACUUGCACAGAGCAGAUAUGGUGCUUCCUACCAGCAGCAAGAGGUUGCAAUGGAGGCUCUUGUUGACUUCUGCAGGCAAAAAACAUUUAUGGUAGAGAUGUAUGCUAACUUAGAUUGUGACAUAACAUGCGGCAAUGUGUUCGAAGAUCUUGCUAACUUGUUGUCAAAGAGUGCUUUUCCUGUAAACUCUCCUCUGUCUUCUAUGCACAUUCUUGCUCUUGAUGGGUUGAUAGCAGUUAUUCAAGGAAUGGCUGAAAGGAUUGGCAAUGGAUCUCUUGGCUUAGAACAGGCACCAGUUAGUCUUGAGGAGUAUACUCCAUUUUGGAUGGUCAAAUGUGACAGUUAUAGUGAUCCUAAUCACUGGGUUCCAUUUGUCCGUCGUAGGAAAUAUAUCAAGAGAAGAUUGAUGAUUGGUGCUGAUCAUUUCAAUCGGGAUCCAAAAAAGGGUUUAGAGUUUCUUCAAGGUACGCACUUGUUGCCUGAGAAACUGGAUCCACAGAGUGUGGCUUGCUUUUUCAGAUACACUGCUGGGUUGGAUAAGAAUCUUGUGGGGGACUUUCUAGGGAACCAUGACGAAUUUUGUGUUCAAGUUCUUCAUGAGUUUGCUCAGACUUUUGAUUUCCAAGAUAUGAAUUUGGAUACAGCUCUGAGACUCUUUUUGGAGACUUUUAGACUUCCUGGAGAAUCACAAAAGAUACAGAGGGUGCUUGAGGCAUUUUCCGAGAGAUACUACGAGCAAACUUCACAUAUCAUGGCCAACAAGGAUGCUGCAUUUUUACUGUCAUAUUCCCUUAUUAUGCUGAACACAGAUCUGCACAAUGCACAAGUUAAGAAAAAGAUGAGUGAAGAGGACUUUAUUCGCAAUAAUCGACGCAUCAAUGGAGGGGAGGAUCUCCCACGUGAAUUAUUGUUGGAGUUGUACCGUUCUAUCUGCAAAAAUGAGAUCCGCACUACACCUGAACAGGGUGCUGGUUUUGCUGAGAUGAAUCCAAGCCGGUGGAUUGAUCUAAUGCACAAAUGCAAGAAGACUGCACCAUAUAUCGUGGCAGAUUCCAGGGCUUAUCUUGAUCAUGAUAUGUUUGCUAUAAUGUCUGGUCCAACAAUUGCUGCCAUUUCUGUGGUAUUUGAUCACGCAGAGCAUGAAGAGGUUUACCGAACGUGCAUCGAUGGUUUUUUAGCUGUCGCAAAGAUAUCAGCUUGCCACCAUCUUGAAGAUGUACUUGAUGAUCUGGUUGUUUCUCUUUGCAAGUUCACUACACUUUUGAAUCCAUCUUCUGUUGAGGAGCCUGUUUUGGCAUUUGGUGAUGACAUGAAAGCAAGGAUGGCCACUGUUACAGUCUUCACCAUUGCGAAUCGCUAUGGUGACUAUAUUCGCACAGGAUGGAGAAACAUUCUGGACUGUAUCUUAAGAUUGCACAAGCUUGGUCUUCUUCCUGCUCGUGUGGCCAGUGAUGCCGCAGAUGACUCUGAGUUAUCUUCCGAUCCUGGACAAGGGAAACCCCUCACAAAUUCAUUAUCUGCAUCUCAUUUGCCAUCCAUGGGUACUCCUAGAAGGUCUUCUGGGCUGAUGGGCCGGUUCAGCCAACUGUUAUCACUAGACACAGAGGAGCCAAGGUCUCAGCCCACUGAGCAACAACUUGCUGCUCAUCAACGUACACUUCAGACCAUUCAGAAGUGUCACAUUGACAGUAUCUUUACAGAGAGCAAGUUUCUUCAAGCUGAAUCUUUAUUGCAGCUUGCACGAGCACUCAUAUGGGCCGCUGGUAGGCCUCAAAAAGGAGCCGGUUCACCAGAGGAUGAAGACACUGCAGUGUUUUGCCUUGAAUUAUUAAUUGCAAUUACAUUGAAUAAUCGGGAUAGGAUUGUUCUUCUUUGGCAGGGUGUGUAUGAGCAUAUUGCAAAUAUUGUGCAGUCCACUGUCAUGCCCUGUGCCUUGGUGGAGAAGGCUGUCUUUGGACUUCUUAGAAUUUGCCAGCGGCUGCUUCCUUAUAAAGAGAACCUAGCUGAUGAGCUUCUUAGAUCUCUCCAGUUGGUGCUCAAGCUUGAUGCUCGAGUUGCUGAUGCAUACUGUGAGCAGAUCACCCUGGAGGUGACUCGCUUGGUCAAAGCAAAUGCUACUCACAUCAGAUCACAAAUGGGUUGGCGCACCAUUACUUCUCUUCUUUCUGUAACAGCUCGACACCCAGAAGCUUCUGAAUCAGGAUUUGAUUCUCUGGUGUUUAUGAUGUCUGAGGGGGCCCACAUGUUGCCUUCUAAUUUCAUUCUUUGUGUAGAGGCUACUAGACAAUUUGCAGAGUCACGUGUUGGACAAUCUGACCGGUCCAUCCGUGCUUUGGAUCUUAUGGCUGGCUCUGUUAGUUGUUUGGUGAAGUGGGUUCUUGAGACUAAGGAAGCUGUGGAGGAAGAUGCUGUGAAGAUGUCUCAGGAUAUUGGGGAGAUGUGGUUGAGGCUUGUUCAGGCCUUGAGAAAAGUUUGUUUGGACCAGAGAGAAGAAGUAAGAAACCACGCUGUUUCGUCAUUGCAGAAGUGCUUGACCGAAAUGGAUGAAGUCCACCUCGCACACAGUUUGUGGCUGCAGUGUUUCGAUGUGGUUAUAUUCACAAUGCUCGAUGAUUUGCUUGAAAUUUCCCAGGGGCACUCACAGAAGGACUAUCGUAACAUGGAAGGGACGCUUACCAUUGCUAUGAAGCUGCUCUUCAAGGUAUUCUUGCAAUUACUCCCUGAACUCUCCCAGUUGACAACAUUCUGCAAACUGUGGCUGGGUGUUCUCAGUCGGAUGGAGAAAUAUAUGAAAGUCAAAAUUAGAGGGAAGAGAAGUGAGAAGCUUCAGGAUGUAGUGUCAGAACUAUUGAAGAACACAUUAAUUGAGAUGAAGAACAGGGGAGUCCUUGCUCAGAGGAGUGCUUUAGGUGGAGAUAGCUUGUGGGAAUUGACAUGGUUACAUGUUAACAAUAUCUCUCCAUCUUUACAGUCUGAAGUAUUUCCAAGUGAAGGAGUUGACGUGAGUAGUAAUACACCUCCCGCUGAACCUGUGGCCUUAGAAAGUUGAUAGAUUUGAAUCUUUAUCCUGAAACUUAAAUCUCUGUUGAGAAAAUGUUCCGUUUCGGAUCACACAUCUGCUGAGAGAGCUGAAGUUCUGUGUAAACGCUGGUUUAUACAAAGGGUGUUUAAAACUUAGGGGGAGAGAGAGAAUAGGGUAUGCAUUGCGUCGGGUAUUUUUCACUAAGCGAGGUGUUGUUGAAGAUGGAAUUUCGACUUCAGCGCUUGAAGUUCUGUAGUGUUUCUAGGUUUUACAAUAGGAGCGUAUUGAAUGUACCUUUUUUUACAUAUGGAUUAGCCAGUGAAAGUGGAUACCUGGUCGUCCUUGUGCUAGAUAGUUACAAGUGAAAACGUAGAGCAUUAUAUUGCCGUGUAAUUGAUGUACAGAUAUUCAUCCUGAAAGUAUCUGUCCUUUAAUGUUGAAUACUAUCCUGUAUUGGUAAUUUUGGCAUAUGAACCUUUCAUGUGUUAGCU